AGAGAAUGACUUUAUUAUGCUUGUAACUUUGUAACCUAUAUGUAGCAGUGCUUAAUAUAAAAUGUGGUAGUGUUCUUACUGUGUGUAACCAUAAACUUAAUGAGUGGCAGAAUAAAUACACAAUAUUUAAAGUGGAGUCCUAAGAAGAAAAUAAGAAACAAACGCGGCCAGAGACAAUACUAGACGAUCAUGGGUUGUUCCAGAAUAUGUAAGUCGUGGUGGCUCAGUGAGUAAGGUGCUGCCUUGCUAUCCAGGAGGUGGCUCAGUGAGUAAGGUGCUGCCUAGCUAUCCAGGAGGUUUGAUACCGGAGGGCCAUUCAAGAAGUUGAAGACUACGUAUACUGGAAGGCACAAGGCCAUCAUAUAAACUGUCAACCAUCACCCGAAACGAGCAUCCAUUCAGGGCAUCAUGUCUGGCAAGAUAAAUAAUGGUGAAAGACAUUCAACUGGUAAAAAUUCAGUCCCCCAAAUAGAAACACAGCCAUCACCUAGUACCAGUAUUAGUGCAGAUACAGUAUCAGCUUUAGUUUCACAAACAGAAACUUUACAUGAAAUCAGGGUAUCCAUUAUAGGAAAGACAGGAGUUGGUAAGAGCGCAUUAGGAAAUGCGCUGUUACAACAAGAUAACUUUAAAUCUCAACAACAGACUACCUCAGUAACAUCUGAAUGCAGUUCAGGACAACGACAUCUUCAAUUAAAUGGCGUAGAUACCUUACUAAAAGUUGUGGAUACACCAGGUUUGUUUGACACAGGUAACAGUAACCAAACAAUAGCUAAGGAAAUCGUUAAAUGUAUUAAUUUUUUAUCACCAGGGCCGCAUUUGUUCCUCUUUGUCAUCAGAAUUGACUUAAGACUCUCACAAGAGGACAUAAAAGUUCUUGAGUAUUUUAAAAAUACUUUCGGUGAAUUAAUUGAUAAAUUUGCCGUUGUUGUGUUUACUGGGAAAGAUCAACUGGAUGAUCGAAGUGAAGAGGAUGCUAUGCGUGAACUUCAUGCUCAGUUAUCAACAUUUAGUGAUGUUUUUAAACACCGUCGAUUCGCAACGAUCAAUAACAAAGAUAGAACAGAAGGCAAGAUGAAAGAUGUUGACAGAAUCUUACAAUUACUUCAUACAACUAUACAGAAUAAUGGUGGGGACUUUUAUAAAAACGAAAUGUACGAAGAGGCAAAGAAAUUAUUUGAAGCAAGAAUAUGUGAUGAAGAAGAAGACAAACAGAGAGCUUUGGCUGAAAUAGACCAACUAAAGAAAGAACUCGAUAAACGGAUUCACCAAGAACUGAAUUGGCAGAAAGAGAAGGAGCAAUGGACUGAAGAACGUGCUCAAUUUAUUGAAGAUAAAAGAAAUAAAGAAAUCGAUUUGGACAAAAGAGAAAUGGAACUAAAACAAAAAGAAACUGAAAUUUUGAGAAUUCAACAGUUAGAAAGUGAAAGACAAUCAGCAACUAGCAGACAAUCAUACACUGAAUUAGCCAGUACUUCAACAUAUCAGCAUGCAAUUAGAAAAAAUGAGAAACGAAUACAUAAUGUGAGUGAGGACAUAAAUAUAUCUCGUCCAAAGAAAAUCAGAUAUGAACCAAGAUGUAAAGAGAGAGGAAAGAUGCGUAAAGACGAUGAAGAAAACAUUAAAAAAAAUUUUGUGUUUCUACUGGAUAAUAUAACUGAACCAGAACGUUUAUUAGAUCGUCUGUUUGGAAAAUCAGUUUUUGAUAAUGACGAUAUGGAAAAUAUUAGAGGCAUAAAAGGAAAAAGAGCUAUGAAACAUGAACUACUUACCAGAUUGCUUGAUGGCGGGUCAAAUUCCUACCAAAGUUUCAUUGAUAGUUUAAACGAAGAAGGCUACACGACAGUAGUUGAACAAUUACAAUCAAAUACUGUAAUACGGCACCAUAUCAAUCAAACCUAUGGAGAAAUAUCUGGUUCCCAAGGGAAUCAGUUAAUGAUUAGAGAAAUGGGUGAUAGAAACCAGAUGAUGCUCAGUGGAAUCGAUGAACACUAUGACGUAUCACAUUCAGAAGUCGGAAACAGAUCAGAUAGACACAAGGAAUGUGGCGAGGUUGAUGUUGUGAAAGUUGUGGUCAAGAAGUCAAACAACACUGUCAUUGUAUCAAAGGUGAAAUCUGACUAUAAGAACAUUCGAGUAAAGGAAGAGAUAAUAUCAAAAUCCGGAUAUCAGGUUAAAAAUAUUGCCAAUUAUGUUGUGUAUGAGAACCCCGAGCCCAUGGUUAACUAUGCAUUAGAGGAUGAGCAAGAAGAUCAUGUUGAAACAGCUGAUGUAGCAGUAGAUAUGACUGAUGAUCAGACAGCUAAAACGAGUGAACUAGUAGGCCUAGCGAUUAAACAAGAACCACUCGAUAUUGAUGAGACUUAUGGGGUAACACAACCAACUAUUCUGUCAUCCACCACAAGACAAGAUAUAGUUUACACUGAUGAUCAACAAGAUGAUGUUAAAUUAACUACAGUUGAUACAACUCAGACAUCUGUACAAAACAAGCUGCGGUCCCCUAGCUCUAUUCAACCAUUGACCACCACAUUAUCAACUCCAGUAUUAAACCAACCACUUGUUGUGUAUGAAGAUGGUUCAAAGUCAGAAAACCACCCAAAAGAACCAAAUGACGAUUCUUCAAUGACUGAAGCAAUUAAUAGUGAAAAUAAGCUUGCGCCACAAAAUGAAAAUAAUAACACUACACCGGAUGUAAUAACAACUAAUUGUAAUAAAACAACGGACAACAAUAUAAUGAUUGAUGUGGAAUCAAUAUAUAAAACUUGUCAAUAUGGUACACUUGAUGAAGUCGACAAUUUAAUGCGUAAAAAUAUGAGUUUAAAUAUUACUGACAGUUUGGGACAAACACCAGCAUUUUAUUGUGUUAUGUCUGACAUACAUCCAUUAAAGAAGUUGAAAUUACUUGUCUUUGCUGGUGCCAGGCUGGAUGUCACAUGUCAAGGUGGUUUUAGUAUAUUACACCAGACUUGUCUGUAUGGUACAGCAGACUGCAUAAAAUAUUUACUAGAAAUAGGUUUUUAUAAAGAGAUUAGAGAUAAUAAUAAUAGGACGCCUGUAUUUUAUUGUAUUCAAUCUAAAGUAAGUCCAGUAGAGAAGCUAAAGUUACUCUACUCUGCUGGUGCUAGCUUUGACGUUAAGGAUCAUGAUGGUUGUAGUAUAUUAGACAAGGCUUGUCUGUAUGGUACAGCAGACUGUUUAAAAUGUUUACUAGAAAUAGGCCUAGAUAAAGAGAUUAGACACAAUAAAAAUAAGACGCUAAUAUUUUAUUGUAUACAGUCUGACAUAAGCCCAGUAGAGAAGCUAAAGUUACUCUACUCUGCUGGUGCUAGGUUUGAUGUUAAGGAUCGUGAUGGUUGUAGUAUAUUAGACAAGGCUUGUGAGUUUAGUACAACAGAAAGUGUAAAAUAUUUAUUGGAAAUACGCCUUGAUAAAAAUGGUAGAGAUGUAUAUAAUAGUAAGCCAGUAUUUUAUUGUCUUCGAUCUAAAGUAAACCCAGUAGAGAAGCUAAAGUUACUCUACUCUGCUGGUGUUAGCUUUGAUGUUAAGGAUCGUGAUGGUUGUAGUAUAUUAGACAAGGCUUGUCUGUAUAGUACAGCAGAGCGCAUAAAAUAUUUACUAGAAAUAGGCCUUGAUAAAGAUAUUAGACACGAUAAAAAUAAAACGCUAAUAUUUUGUUGUGUUCAAUCUAAAGUAAGCCCAGUAGAGAAGCUAAAGUUACUCUACUCUGCUGGUGCUAGGUUUGAUGUUAAGGAUCGUGAUGGUUGUAGUAUAUUAGACAAGGCUUGUCUGUAUGGUACAGCAGACUGUUUAAAAUGUUUACUAGAAAUAGGCCUAGAUAAAGAGAUUAGACAAAAUAAAAAUAAGCUAAUAUUUUAUUGUAUACAGGCUGACAUAAGCCCAGUAGAGAAGCUAAAGUUACUCUACUCUGCUGGUGUUAGCUUUGAUAUUAAGGAUCGUGAUGGUUGUAGUAUAUUAGACAAGGCUUGUCUGUAUAGUACAGCAGACUGUUUAAAAUAUUUACUAGAAAUAGGCCUAGAUAAAGAGAUUAGACACGAUGAAAAAAAUAAGACGCUAGUAUUAUAUUGUAUUCAAUCUAAAGUAAGCCCAGUAGAGAAGCUAAAGUUACUCUACUCUGCUGGUGCUAGGUUUGAUGUUAGGGUUCGUUCUCUUAAUAUGUUACAUCUGGCUGGUCUGUAUGGUACAGCAGACUGUUUAAAAUAUUUCCUAGACAUAGGCCUAGAUAAAGAGAUCAGACACGAUGAAAAUAAGACGCUAGUACAUUUUUGUAUAUGGUCUGGCAUAAGCCUAUUAGAGAAGCUAAAGCUGCUCUACUCUGCUGGUGCUAGGUUUGAUGUUAAGAGUUAUAGAGGUCUUAGUGUAUUAGAUGAGGUUCGUACCUAUGGUUGGACAGAAUGUGUAACAUAUUUGCGUGAAGUAGGCCUUGAUAAAUAGAAGAUAGAUAAGGAUACAUCUUUAUUUUAGUAGUUAAUAAUUUUGUUAGGACUAAAUGAAAAUAUUUUGUUUUAUUUUGAUGUAAAUUUGAAGAUUUGUUAUAAACCAUUUUCUGUCAAUAUCAACAACAUUCUGUACACAGACACACUACCUAUAUACCUGCCAUUAAAACUAGUACCGGUAACACAUGAUUACAACAUCACAGGUCAAGGUCACAAACUGAAUAGCAUGAAUAGAAAAUUAACUGUUGUGAUGAUCAGGAAAGUCAGUUUUAUCCCAAUAUUCUUUUAAAUAACAACACAAUGAUUUUGACUAUAUUAACCAAGAGAUAUGAUUGGAGAGGAAUCAGAAUAAUAUUUGAAAUAAGAUAAGAGUUUUAUUGAUGUUGAACCUGUAAUGAUAGAAGAGGACCAUGCAGUAUCUUGUGGAUGUAAAACUAAAUUUAUAAAUUAUAGUUUAUCCAGAGCUGUUAAAACUAAAUACCCAACAUAAUACAGGAAACAAUAUAUUUGCUAUAGAAGAGCUGCUGUGUUCCAAAAUAAACCCUCAUUUAAAUAUGUUUGUGAUUAUUUGAUACGUGAUUGUAUCAAGAGAUAUCCACUAGAAAACUGUCCAAUGUGUAAAAAACAUGUUUUGGCUAAAGAUCCGGAGAAUCAACUGAAAGGUCAAUUGAAAGAGUUUAUUGUAGUCAUCUGUUUCCUAAUGGUUGGUUAGAUACGUACAUGAAAAUACCUCCAUUUAUAGGAGGUAAAAAAUGUUCUUUCUGUGACAAAAAAAAUUAUCAUGGAAAAAUGGAAGGUGUCAGCUGAAGUAAUGGAGAAUAGAUGGGCACAUAAACAAGCUAAACAAAGAGAACUAGAAGAAGUUGUAGAUUUUUUAAUAGAUUGAAAUAAUUUAUAAUACACCUCUACUUUUGUCGAUAAAAAUACCAAAUAUAGUGGACCCUGUUACAUCCGACCUCUGAAUACUACGACACUCUGUGAAAUCCGAAAUCAUUUUCAUGUCCCGAUUUAUUUCCUUAUUACUUCAGCCAAAAAAGCUUUUAGUAAUUCGUAUUCUGAAUAUUCUGAAUUACGGCAUCAAUCAACCGUCCCAUCACACGAAUUCCAUUGAAUCCACAUUGUAUAAUCCGGCCUUCAAUCGGGGGGUGUGAAGCCACAAAAGAUUAACAAGCAAUCACCAAUCAAUUAUCAGUGAGUUUAAAAACUCGAUCGCGUAGGUCUUUGUUGAUUACUUUGAUAAUUUUAUAAUCUCUUGAAAGACAGUUGUGACAAAUACUCAAGAAUACCCACAAAUUUUCCCACGAAUUCACAGUCGUAAAAAUAUUCCUAGUACCUGUUGGAGACAUUCGUUGCGCAUGCCGAUAGAACCGGAAUACCUAAGUUUGUUCACCCUACGAUCUCUCAGAAACGUUUAUGACGACCUGGAUAUAGAAUGACAGAUUAUCAAUGAACACGUGACACCAAAGACAAGUGUGCGAUCAACUGAAGACGCUGAAGAAGAUAAACUUGACCUAUUCAAAAUGCCUACGCAUGUUAUAUGAAAUAAAAAUUAAUGUAAUAUAAUUUUGAAUGUACAGAAAGGUUUACCAUUUUUAAAGGGAAUAACGUUCUGGGGAUUCGAAGCUACAUUAUAAAUAAUAUUUCUGGCUUUCGAAGUUACAAUAAUACACUUCCGGUUUUGAGAAAACUGAGUAUUCCGACACUCUGCUUAAUCUGACAUAUUGUAACGAUCCCGUACAAUGUCGGAUUUGACAGAGUCUACUGUAUAUAUUUCACAAUCUCGGCUUUAAAUUUAUAGUUUAUAAUAAUGUACUUUUACAUGGAAAGAUACCAUAUAUGUAUAUUCUACAAUCUCAACUUCAAAUUUACAAUUUACUAACAAAUAUAUUUAUUUACAUUUUAUUCAAUGUCUCUGACAUCUGAGAUAUUUAGAAAACCUUUACAAACUACAGUAUUGUAAAAAUUGAAUCUCUGAAAAAAACUCUCUUCAGUAUUUACAAAGAUAUGUUGAAUUGAAAAUGUGUCAAUAUUCAGAAUUCUCUACAGUUGAUAUAAACGAGAUACGGGAUAUGAUCAAAAGCCAAGGCCAGGGGCGGAUCCAGGAAUUCCAGAAAGGGGGUUUCAUGCUGCCCCCACUUGGAAGUGCGAAGCCCGGCCCUCGGUGGGCAGACUGACUGGCAAUCAACCAAGUCACCAACCGGCUCAUUUCGGAGUAAAUUACGACGGGGAUCACUACCAUUUUGAAGUAUUUUUGUUCUCCUUUCCUGCAAAUUGUUCACCACUGCAAAAAAUGGUGGGGGGGGGGGGGGCGCACGCCUGAAGGCCACCUGUAAUCUUCGUUAAAAUCUUUUGAUUGCUCUCUUUUUAAUCCGACUCGGGAGAUUUUCAGUUCUAACUUUAAUUUUGUUUUCUCAAAGAUGCAUUAUAUACGCUCGUAAGAUUUAGAUAAAGAGCUGGCAGUUCCUGUUGCUCGUGGUGGGCAUAUAGGAGGCUUGAGUCAAGCUCCUGUCUGUGUCUUAAAAACAUUUGUAUGAUUCCUACACCCUUCUCACAAAUUAUAAAUAGUAUUUAUUAGUAAAUAAAUAAAUGUAAUAUUGUUUUUAAA